AUUAUAUAAAGACGUUAAAUGUGUAUUUUGACUAAAACUUAUUAAAUGAAUCCAUCGUAAAAAAACACUAAACAUUUUCCGAUUUCCCAUGAAUGUUUGUUUAUUUACAAAACUGGAAAUGUUUUUAAAAUAAUCUAAUUUAGAUGAGCUCCUUAACUAACAAUUAACUCGUCUUUAUUUAGACAACAGAAUUUCCAAGUUUGCAACUUUAUCAAUAAUGUCUUGUAGUUCAAAGAUCAAAAAAAUAAUAAAUCAGUUCUGAUAUUCCGAUUUUAGUGGAUUUUUAUACAAAACCAACAUGCGUUUAACAACAAAAUGGCUCGGUUUGUGUUUCGUUCUAUUAGUGAUUAACGUGCAAGAUAUAAUUUCGAAUUUUACUACCCGAGGAUAUGGACAGCCAUUCGAUGGAUAUGAUUCCGAUGUGACUACAGAAGCCAGUGUUAGUUCGGAAGAAAGUUUUAAAACUACCAAUUUGACUGUGGAACUUAAAUUUGCUAUAGAAUGUGAGACGCCCAAUCACGAUUCUGGCAUUUGUAUAGAAAUUAAACAAUGUCCAAUAUUGUACAAACAGCUGCCCAACGUCAAUGCGAGAAAAUUUUUACAAGUAUCUCAAUGUGGACUCAAUAUAGAAGACGGUAAUAUGCCCAAAGUAUGUUGUGGUAAAUUUGACAACUACAUACAUUCAGAGAACAAUAUUAGUAGAGUUGAAGAUUAUAAUAUUUUCCCAAAGAAAUGUGGCCCAAAAAAGGUUACUUUACUGCGCUCUAGGAUUCUUGGUGGAACCAAAGCGGCGAUUGGAGAAUUUCCUUGGAUGGCGAGACUUAUUCACAAUAACAAUCAUAAUUAUAAGUCAGUAGGAUGUUCAGCAUUUUUGAUACAUACGAAAUACGUUUUAACAGCAGCUCAUUGUGUACAUAAGGCUCAUACGACAAUUAGGGGACCAGUAUUUUCUGUGAUAUUAGGAGAGCACAACACCGAAACAAAAGUUGAUUGCAAUCCCCUGGGAACGUAUUGUGCGGAUCCCCUACAAAUUAGCCGAGUUGGCAAAGUAAUCGUACACCCUGGAUACAAUGUCGAUUCACCUGGACACUAUAAUGAUAUAGCCAUUAUACAUAUGAAAAAGGCAGCUAGAAUUUCAGAAUUUGUCCAACCAAUUUGUUUGCAAACUGAUCCAACACCAAUAAACUCGGGAAUAUAUCUUAUAAGUGGAUGGGGGAAAACUGAAGACGAAAUGUUCAGUAAAAUAAAAAUGAAAUUAGAAGUGCCAGCUGUAGAAUUCAAAGACUGCUCUCGUAAAUAUAAUGAAGUUGGCAUAGAACUACAAGAUACUCAAAUUUGUGCUGGUGGGGAAGAAGGAAAAGAUAGUUGUACUGGGGAUUCUGGAGGACCUUUGAUAAUGGAAAACGGUACCAAUUAUUUAGCAGUUGGGGUAGUCAGUUAUGGUUUAGGAUGCGGUAAUAAGGGAUGGCCUGGAGUUUACACAAAUAUACCUACUUUUAUUCCAUGGAUUAAACAGCAAAUCAUUGCUAACAGUUUAGUUAGCUCUAAAAGUCCUAAGCAGAAGAAACAUCACAAUAAGAAGAAAGGUGGCGUUAAAAGUUCGAAUAAAUAAAUUUGUUUUAUGUUUUAUCUUUUAAAUUAUAAUUUUAUUUAACAAAUUUUAUUUAUUUUAUUUUUGUUUUUUUUUUCGUGCAAUUCUGUAGCAAAGGUAUCAAAAU